AUGGCCGCCGUCGGCCUGGACCUCUCCACGGACACGAAGGAGCUGCCCGCGUCGCCGCUCGCACCGACCAAGGAGGAGAUCCUAGCACACACAUCUGAAGAAGACGACGUAGCACCCUUGAAGCCGACGAAGGUCAUCAAAAUGCGGCGCCAGACGCUGCGCAAGCGCGCGGCAACCGCGGCCAACCGCUUGGCGGGCGGCCGCUCGACGCGGGAUUGGGACGUGCACGGCAAUAGUGCCAAGAACCUGAGCAAGUUGGAGGAGCUCGUCGCCGGUUCGUCAAAGGACAUGAACGCCGCCGAGGCGUCCAUGCGGCUCGUGGCGAUGAUGUCGGGUGACGUCGUCGAGCAGACCGCUAGUCGUCUGAGAAAGUCGUUCGGCGAUCUCGUAGAUGAAGAACUGUUGCGCGUGUUGCGGACGGAACCUGAAGCAAGAACGGAGUACGACGUCGACGUCGUCGAGCGACACGUGUCGUGGCACUCGAUCUUCAAGGACCUCAAACCAUUGAUGCGACGGAAGAUGUGCCGGGCGCUGAAAUGCGCGGAGUAUGAGUAUGGCGAUAUAAUAGUAGUACAAGGAGACGCCGCGGAGUCGUUCUGCAUCGUGUAUCAAGGCGAGGUGAGCGUGCACUGCUGGCGGGAACGGAGCGAGGUGAAGCUGAUGCUCAAGGAACGACCGGCCGGUAGCAUCGCGCGGAACAAGAGCGAAUUGAUGGAAGAAGCCCCUUAUGUCAUUGGUGGAAGAGUUGGCGUGUUACGGCAGGGCAACUCGUUCGGCGAGAACGGCAUGGACCCCUCGGGCACGGCGAAACGAUCCGCGACGUGCGUGUCGGCCUCGUCUCGUACGAUUCUGCUGGAGCUGUGUCGCCACGACCUCAUGGGCCAUCCCAUUACAAGUUCAUCAAUUAAGCCGCCUUCUCGUGCAUUACUUGAGACAUUGAAAGUACCUCCAUCGGAAAGAACGGAGUCGAAUGUGGCGGCCAUCGACGACGCGGUGGGAGGGCACCCCUUCUUCGCUUCUCUGUCCAAGGAGACGCGCCUGUCGCUCGUGCAGAAUCUUACCGUAGAGGCCUUCCGGAAGGAUAGAGCUGUUGUGCUGCAGGACGACCGGGCGGACGCGUUCUACGUUGUGUUUAGCGGCGACGUCGACGUCUUCAUUUCCGAUGCUACAAAACCGCUCAAGGAGUGGAAGAAGGACGUGUUGGCUUCUCGUGUUGACCUGCUGAAGAAGGAGAUCAGUUCCUUCGAGCUGGAAGAACGGAGACGGCUGUUAAGGGAGCGCCACGCGCGGGAGUGCGCCGAGAGGGACUACAUGGCCAUCGAGGCUUUGAAAAGUGCGGGUAUGGAGUACGAGCACGUCGAGACCGUGGAUGAGUAUAUAGAAGAGAACCCCGACGUGUAUACGUUAGAUUUACCACUACCCGAGCGGCUCGUCGGACGGAAGGUCGCGACGCUCUCGCAAGGUGCGGCGUUCGGCGAAAACGGCCUACAUACGUCCAUAAACUUCCGAGCUGCGACCGUGGUCGCUGCUUCCGAUCGAGUGUUGCUCCUAAAAUUGUCGCGGGAAGACGUCCAGACCGACGUCUUCGACAGUAAAGAAGAAGACAGCGAUGAGGAGGAAGAACCAGCUCUAGAUUGCAACUUCGAGCCCGUGAACGUGGCGCCCCUUCGGAGAUUGUCGCUGAAAAAGUCCGUCGGCCCGGUCUCAGUACCGGUAAAGGCGGAGGAGCCGACACCACCAACCACGGGGCGCCGGACGAGUUUAUUGAGCAUGUUCACGCCCUGCCCGCGCGAGGCGACGAUCCACGUGACCUUACAACGACGCAAGCGGCGCGGCACGGUCUCGCCCGUCAAGAAGCUCGCGAGGGCGCGGGCGCUCGACAAGGCGCUCAACGACUAG